AUGGCGGAAGAAGCGCAGACCAUCAACCUCAAGAUCCUCUCUCCCUCGACUGAGGUGGAGGGCGGCGUGAAUCUCGCAGACGUACCCGCUUCAACCACCGUCAAGGAGCUUCGCAGCCGCAUACAGGAUGCGGCGCCCUCCAAGCCUGCACCUGAACGCAUGCGCCUGAUCUACCGGGGGAGGGUCGUGGCCAAUGAUGCCGACACACUAAGCAAUGUCUUCGGUGUUGACAACAUUCGUGAGAGCAAAGACCAGAGCCUCCAUCUGGUACUACGAGAGCUCCCUACUGCUGGGAACUCUUCAGCAUCACCUGCUCCUCCAUCUUCAACCGUUCCGCCCAAUCUUGUUCGCCCCCAAGCUCCAGCUCUGCCUGCAAAUCCGCUUCAGACGAACCCGUUCAGGACGCUGCCGCAGGCUCGACCAAAUUCAAUACCACCAUUACCACAACCCCACCAGCACCAUCUCCCGGGAGCCCAAGCACACGUGAUCCCCAUUCCUCUGCCUCAACAGGUACAGCACCAACUUGCUCACGCCAUGGCACAGCAAGGACAACAGGAUAGCGAGCGAGUUCCAAACGCGACAUCUGAGCAGCCUGGACAAGAGACACAGAGACCUGCUGAUGCCGCUCAACCGCCGCUUCCCGGUGUAACGCCUCUGCCAGCAAUGGGGCUACCCAAUCUUCCCGGCCAUGGCGACCAACCACUGCGGCGCGAAGGUGUUGGACCCAAUGGGGCGCGGUGGACAGUCACAUACAACCACGUCAACUUACCUGCGCGAGUUCAGCAGCCUGUUCCUGCAUUUGCUCUUCCACGUCCACUGGGUUUCGCUCGUCCACCAAUUCCACCAGGCGUUCUUCCCUCAAUGGGCCAUGACAGUGCACAGCGCUUAUUGCCACGGAUUCAGACCAUCUUCCAGGAAACACAACGGGAGAUGGAAAAUGUUCGUACGCUACUACAGCCCACGCGCGAGCCAAGCACCCAAACCGAUCGACCUUCGAUAUCAAACCCCCUCCCCUUGCAGCUACCUAUUUGGCGAAUUGACUACAUACGCCAACACCUGAACACGAUCAACCAGAACCUGAACGUUGUCGAGCGGGCCCUUUCCCUCCUGCCUACCGAACCGGAAGUGGCAGCGCUACGACGUUCGGUUAUCGAAAUUAGGGUAGAUGCCUUAGAAUUGAACAUCAUACUUGAUCGGCAACAGGGCGGUCCUAUUCCCAGUCAACCAAGCACCCUAGCUACAUCCACAGAUCCGGCGACCGCUGGUGUAUUCGCCGGCACAAUACCAGGUGCUCCGGUCAUGACGCCAGCCGUGCCAACUACAUCACAACCACGAGCACAGAAUGCUACGCAGACUUCGUCUGCAGAUGCACCAGCCGAGCUGUUCCUCUUGUCCAGCCCACAAGGACCUGUUGGUCUUCUCUUUGACCAGCAGGGUACAUACACUACGGCUCCUAUGGUAUCCACAAUGCCAUUCCAGAGCUUCACGACCCAGUUUGCCCAGAAUAGACAGCUUAUUGCUGGGCUAGGGCAGCACAUGGCACAAGGAUCGACCCAGCUGCACAAUCAACUAGCAGACCUCCAACCGACACCAACACAACAACCAGAGGCUGGCGGUCAGGCUUACAAUCAGGAACAAGCGCACAAUCAAAUGCAGAACCAAAACCAGGAUCCGAUUGCAAAUGCAAACGCGAAUGCGAACCAACCAGAAGAAAAUGAUCGUAUGAUCAACGUUUUUGGGCACUUGUGGCUUAUUUUCAAACUGGCUGCAUUUGUCUACUUCUUUGCAGGAGGUGGUGGUCUCUACAGGCCCAUCAUGCUCGGCAUUGUUGCUGGUGUGGUUUAUCUGGCACAAGUAGGCGUGUUCCAAGAGCAGUUCAAUCUUGUACGUCGUCACUUCGAGGCCCUGCUUCCCGUAGGGGCCCUGGCCGACCGUGUGGCUCAGCCCAACAAUCAACGCCAAACCCAGCAGCGAGGCAACCUAUCGCCUGAGGAAGCGGCUAGGAGAUUAUUGCAGCAGAGGAGAGACCAAAGAUUUGGGUGGAUCAGAGACAGCAUGCGCACCGUCGAACGUGCUUUUGCUUUAUUCGUUGCCAGUCUGUUUCCCGGUGUUGGAGAGCGAAUGGUACACGCGCAGGAGGAAAGGGAAAGACUUGAACGGGUGGCAGCUCAAGAAGAAAGGGAACGUCAGGAGGAAGAUGCGAGGAGAAGGGAAGAAGAGGCUCAAGCACAGCGCGAGCAGAGAGAUGAAAACAAGGCUGGAAACGAUCUCGCGACGCAUGAGAGAUUGGAUUCAAGUGCGAGCGCCAAAGGCAAAGAGAGGGUGGUAACAGUGGAAGACGAACCCUCAGGCUCUGCUUCUUGA